CAGCCAGGCUGCUGCUCGCAGGAGAAAUGAGUUAGUGUAGCUAAAAGUCAAUGUUGACUUAUUUUAACUUACGUGUUGCAUAAACCUAACCAAACUGCGACCGUUAAACAACGUUAACCACGUGUUUGUUACUGUUACCGUGACUACGAAGGCGUGGUAUUUGGACGCGUCUGCUCUCCACAGAAGUUAAUGGGACGGAUUGGCGGAUGCACUGCACGCAAGUUGAAAGUGUAGUCAAGAUUAGAGGAAGUGUAUCCUGACAAAGCCCCACCCACUCAGAGAACAAGAACAAAACUGUAGAGGUGUGAGUUUGCUUGAGGAAGUGUGAGUUUGAGGAAGCCACACAGCUAUGAACGAAGCAGAUGUCAGUUGAAGAUAAAGCUGAGGUACAGGAAACUGAAAGUGAUGGCAAAUGGACCAGCCCUGUCCACUGCUAGAAGGGGUGAAAUUUACGUGGGAAGCGAAAUCAGAGACUCCCUCUCACUGUUGGAUGUUCUCCAUGCAAAUCAGUUCGAAGGAGAGUCUUUUGAUCCAAAACUUCUUGAGCAGACAGAGGAAAACUUUUACAGAGGAGCCCCACCCAAAUGGUUAAACUUUCACAUUAGUGAACAGUCACAUGGCACUGGAAGUCCUUUUAUUAAACGGGAUGGAUACGAUGCACUUGUGCAACAAAUUCGCCAAAGAAGAAAAACACACCCUGGAAUAUCAACUGUUAAACUGUUCCACCAGCCAGGAUGUGGGGGAACCACACUGGCCAUGCAGGUGUUGUGGGACUUGAGGAAAACCUUCAGGUGUGCUGUUUUAACAGGCUCUACCUCAGACAUCACAAAAAUUGCAGAGCAGGUGGUCCACCUUUUCACAGCAGGCAGUCGAGGCCACCAGAACACUGUGCUGCUGCUACUGAAUGAUGAGCAGAAUUUGGAAAAUCUGCAAGACAACAUUAUGAUGAAGAUUGCUGAGCAGAAGAUAGAUAUUGAUAUGCCUGUAGUAAUUUUACUCAACUGUGUGAGAGCAAGUGACCAUGUCAUCCUUAACAAGGAGCAUUCUUACAUAGUGAAACAAAACUUUAAGAGGAAUGAGAGAAAACAUGUCAUCCUCAAAAAGGAACUUUCAGACACAGAGAAGCAAAAAUUUAAUGAGAAAAAGGAGGAGCUCAGCAGAAGAUACAGUGAUAAAUGCAAACUAUUCCAUGGCUUUAACAUAAUGCAAAGCAAUUUCUCUCAAGCUUACAUCCAGGAGGCAUGCGCUGUAUUCAAAACAAUCAAGAAAGCAAAUAGACACCAGCUGAAGACCCAGCUUGCUGCCCUCCUGUCCCUGCUGAAUGCCUACGUACCAGGCUCAUAUCUCCUGGAGUCUCAGUGCCUGGACUUCUUAAAACAUGAAGACUCCAUCCAUGGAGACCUUUCACUGGAGGACAGAAUGAAGCCCUUUAGUGAUCUCAUCAUCACCUUCCAACAAGACACAAGAUCUGAAAAAAAAGUGAGCAUGGCUCACCCUAUGAUAGCACAGCGUUGUACUGAAUUGAUGGCUGAGGCCGGUGUGACCAGAAGUGACACAGCAAAAAAAGUCUUGACCUGUUUAUGCAGAGAUGAGGUUCCUCCAUCUUUGCUGGGUUUUGUCAAAGACAUGCUGCUCAAAAGGGAAAUAAAAAAAGAGGAAAAAAUUAAUAAUAGAGAACAGCAUCACAUGGGACCAAGGAGAAGAGAAGAGGACCAAGAGAGGUUUUCUAGACUGAUUCUAGAUAUUGAGGAGAUGGAGGACAAAAAACAGAGUGCAUCAGUUUUAAAAGUUGCAUCAAAUACAUUUGUUCAGAAUUCUUUGUUUCCUCAAGCACUUGCUCGUUUUUAUUAUACAGAACUGAAAGACUACAACAAGGCUGAAAUGUGGGCAAAGACAGCAAAGGAAAGAGAUCCCAAAAAAUCAUUCAUUGCUGAUACACUGGGCCAAGUCCAUAAGAACCAUCUAAGGAACAAAGAGUCUCCUGCCAAACCAAGAGAAAUUUUGCAACUGGCCACAAAAGCCAUUGAAGCUUUCAAAGAUGAAGAACGACUUGCUGAAAAUGAACGUGGGAAAGACAUGAAAGAAGAUGGCAAGGCCAAAGUCUUGCGUGCUUUUAACACUAGAGGGCAGUUUGGUUACCUGCAGGUUUGCAACCUUGUGUUUGACCUACUUGUCAGUCAGAACGAAACGUGGAGGAGAGUUCUCACAAAGAAUGUGUCCAUGGGCUCUGUCCUGGAAUUACUUGGAGACAACAAACUCUUCAGAUUUAAUGAUCUAAUAAACAGCCUCAGAGACGAGGUUGAGAAAAAGUUUGAAUUUUUUGAUACCUAUUUAACUUACUCAGAUUCUGUCAUGAAAAAAGAUGAUGCAUCAUACAUUUCUAGAGAGACCUCAGACUGCUACAGAAAGUAUGUCGGAGACUCAGCACCCAAGAACAAAGAGAAAUCUGAUAAAACCACCCAGAAGCUUAAACAAAAAUUGGCUGUCACUUCUGCUGGAGUACUCUCAUGUCUUGACAGAAGAUGCACUGUAUCGGAGCUUAAACAGAUUGCUACAUGGUGGGAAGAAAUCUGUCUAAGCAAAGAUUCCACUCGACAUGAUUUUGCCAACUACAUCCUCGCCAAUAUCAUGCUGAUAAAUAAGAAUGAGACUCCACCCCAUUCUGACUAUCAAAAUGCAUUUAGACAGAAAAUGCCAUUGGGCUCGAGAGAUGCACCUGAGUUUCACAUGUUAGCCCUGCUCAUAUGUUGGCCUACAGAUGAUGAAGACAAAUUUGUCUCUGACCUCAAUCAAUUACUUAAACAUGUUCAGCAUUCUUAUGAACAUGAAUUUAAGGCACUCUUUCAAUCAAGGUAUCUUCGCCCUCUGUUUUUUCUUGGAAAAGGUAAAGGUCUGAGCAGACUUGUUCACAGAAGGGUCCUUGAGAUCUUGUGGAUUAAGGAUGCAGUACGAGACUCAAACACAAACUGGAGGAAUGAGAAUAUUUUGAAAGAUCCCGUAGUCCAAGAACAACUUCUCAAAGUUGAAGGAGUGGUGCGAAACUACAGACUGUAUGCGACUGUUGGAGGCACAGAGCUUGAGAUGGAUGUCAACCGGAGAGACAGCCUGUGGAAAUCAGGUCAAGUUUCCUUUUACCUUGGAUUUACCAUCAGCGGUCCUGUAGCCUUUAGCAUUCAGACAAGAACUACCAUCAAGGGGCCUUCAGGAAACUUGAGGCUAGGAGCCUGUGGUGGUCUUAUGGACUCCAGUGAUUGGACUAAACUUGAACCAGAAGUCAAAAGAGUGGAUGCAGUUCAAAUCUAUGGCCUACAGUCUGAGGCAGGUCACUAUGAAUGCAGCGUGUCUGCCCUGCGCUGGGUUUGUAAGGAAGAGGUCAGCUUCAGAUACCAGUUUUGCUCGUGGGAGGAACUCAGGGACAGGCCUUCAUGCAUGAAUUACAUGCCAGCAGGACCCCUACUGGACAUCACCGUCACAGCUGGAAAGUUAGAGGAGGUGCAUCUGCCACACUGGAUAGAUCAUGACUCCACAAUGUCAGACAUGUUUGCAGUUCUACAUGUGGAUACCUGUGGAGAUGUUGUGGAACAAGUGUCUGAAGUGACAUCGUCCCAUGUCAAGUUACACCCGACAACUUUCUCUCCAAGGGGGGUCAUGAUCCGGAUGAAACUGGGCUUCCCAGUAAAAGUUUACUGUGAUGUGUUAAUAUACAAGACAAAAAAGGAAUUCCUCACACUGCAUGUUUACCUGGUCCCACCCGAUCAUAAUAUAAAACAGGAAGUAGAGAGAAAGGAGACAUCUUAUGGAUCAAUAAUAAUUCCAAAACCAAGCCCAGACAAGUCUCUUCAUAUGCUGGAUAAUUUCUUCCUCACGACAGACAUGGACACUGCUGAAAUUUGCCCUAAAACAUUGAAGCUCACAUGUGGAAGGAGAAACCCAAAUUUCUCUGAGGUGUGUGUCAGAAAUGCAGACAGUGACUUCAACCUGAAACUUGAAAGUGAGCAAAAGAGAAAUAAAGAGGACACUGUCUGGACCUGCAUUAUUCGAAAAGGAGACUACCAAAACCAAAGCAUUGAUCAUGAAGAUGCCUCAGGUCAGCAUUUCGUGGAUCGCCAUCGGACAGCUCUGAUUAACAGAGUGAGCGACACAGGAGCCAUCCUUGAUAAGCUCAAGGAUAAGGGGUUGAUCUCAAAUGAGAGCUAUGAUGCUGUGAGAGCUUUAAAAACUACACAAGACCAAAUGAGGGACAUUUUUAAGUGUUUGAAUUCAGCCGGCACAAAAGGCAAAGACGCUCUCAAAGACAUCCUUAAAAGGAUGAAGAGUAUGAGGCCUCUCAUCAAUGAGCUUGAGGGAUCUGGAUAAAGGAGGUAAAAGUAAAAAGACAUACUCUAGCUUUGGACACUAAGUAGACAUUUGACACUGAGAUGACAAAAACUAAAGUGAAUGUGAAAUUGGAAAGGACCACAAGAAGCAGACUGUGUAUUCUGAUAUAAAAUACGUUUUAACUAAGAGAAAGAGGUUUCAUUGGAUAUAAAAAAUCAGUCUAAGCAACACAGAAAGAUGAUAGGGUAAUAUACUGUAAGCACUACACUGAGUGGACUGAAUAAACAGCUGAAUAAACUGUCUCUGUGUCUCUGCACUGGGAACUACACCUACAUGACCCUUUGGACCUGCACAGCGGCUUUGGACGCAUUAAUGUACUUUUUCUGCUGGACUGUUCAUUGAACUUGUUGAUAUUUUUACUACUUUUACACUUUUGUUUACUACUUAGUUGUUAAGAGUUGGAGGUGGAGAGGAAGAUGCUGGACAAAGUGUCAUUCAGUAAAUGUUUAGCAUCCUUAAUGUAUGGGUCAAACAGCAAAGCACUUUUAGUAAUAGUAACUUAUUCAUUUCUACUGUGAAAAGGAAUGCUACAGGUCAUUUAUAUCAGCUGAUCGCACAUCAGACACCUCAGAUGAAAAGAGUGACUUCAAUAAAGAAAUGACGCUCCUAAAACUUUGGUCAUUUAAAUAAUCUGUCUUUUAGCAUUUUGUUUAUGGAUUUAUGAAACAUGAAAAUAUAAAACCUCUUAAGACUAACGAAACAUGUAUUCUCAGUGGAAAAGUCUUUUUUUUUAUAUACAUUUGUCAUAUCAGUCUUUUGAUGUUUGAUUCAUUUCUUCCAUUUAAAUAUUCAGUGUUUUACAUUAAGCAAGAUAGGUCAAGCAAAACCAGUGUAAUUGUAAAGGGCACACUUAGGUACAUUUUUAAAGACACAGAUUAUGUUAGUUUGUAAAGAAGAACACAUGACUUUUUAUGUUUUGCUGUAAUGUGCUUGACUAAAGGUUUUGAAAAUG